UGUUGAUGUGUGUAUGAUAGGCGUUUCUAUCGGACAGUUAUGUAUCGGUUCAAUACGGAACGAGCAUUUAACGGCCAAAUAAGGGACGACACCGUAUUUUACGGGAAGGGUGGCAACCUGAUUCAGGGGAGCAAUCUCUAGUAUUGGCGGGAGAUACUGAGGAUACUGAGAAUUGGCUGUAUCUCCCGUCAAUUCUCGGGGCUGCAGUCAGGAAACAUGUCAUCUGGGUCACCACUGGAGACAGAAUUCCAGCGCUGCCGCUCGGAGGGGAGGUGGGAACAAAUCCCGCAAUUGGUCCAGCGGCUGACGAAAUCCAAAGCUGAUUUAGCUGAGCUGCUGUUGGGGGAAUCCAAGCUCCAGGCGUACCUGAAGGAGCAUCCCAUAACACGGGAUUCGAGCCCCCCAGGCACACAGGUCGAACUGGUGGAGGUCAAGAAUCACCUUACGGCUGCUAUGGACCGAGGAAACCUCAGGGCCGAUUACCUCCAGGAAGCCAGCCUGCUGAUGGCCAAACUCUGCUAUAUCGAGGGAGAACACAGUGAAGCUUUAAGUCACUACAGCCAGGUGAACCUGGACGACCUGCAGCUGGUUGGAGCUCCUGUGUACAGACUGUCUAUGAUAGCAGAGGCCUACGCCACCAAAGGCAUGUGUCUAGAGAAGAUCCCGGAUUCCUCUCCGUCGACCAAUCGGAGCUCAGCAGCACGGGAGCAGGAAAUCAUCACCUGCUAUGAAAAGUCUGGAGACAUCGCUUUGCUGUACCUGCAGGAAGCGGAGAAGGCAUCGUCAGCUGGGAUUCAGAAGCGCAGCCCAAAGCCAGGACCACCGACUCAGGACCUGGAACUGAGCUACUUUCUGGAGACAGGCCUGCAGAGGGCCCACAUCAUUCACUUUCACAACGGAAACCUGAUGCAGGUUAUGGGCAGAUUUCGGGAGAUUCUCCAGGCCGUUGAAACCAGAACCACCCAGAACCUUCGCAUGACGAUAGCCCGACAGCUCGCAGAAAUCCUGCUCCGAGGAAUGUGUGGACAGAGCUACUGGUCUCCUCUGGAAGAUCCUCCGACAGAGUCACCCGUGGAUGAACCCAAGAAGAAAGGGCACACCUACCUCAAGAACUACACCUUGAGCCGAACCCCUCAAGUAUACUCCGGAGAGAAUUUGUUUUGUCCUCAGGAUAGCACAGAGGAAGCCCUGCUGCUGCUGCUGAUCAGUGAGUCUGUGGCCAACCAGGACGCUGUCCUGAGCAGGACUCCUGAGGACAGCAACGAUCGGGCCAUCAGCCUACAGUCUGCGUCCGCGGUGUACGAUCUGCUGACCAUAGUGCUAGGCAAGAGGGGGCAGUAUAAGAUGCUGUCGGAGUUCUUGGAGAGAACCAUGAAGUUCGCUUUCGAGGAGUUCCAUUUGUGGUACCAGUUCGGCUUGUCGCUAAUGGCUGCCGGCAAAUCCGCCCGUGCCGUCAAGGUUUUUAAGGAGUGCGUCCGCCUGAAGCCUGAUGACCCCACCAUUCCCCUGCUGGCCGUUAAACUGUGCAUUGGUCCUCUGCACUGGUUGGACGAAGGGGAGAAGUUUGCAAAGAUGGUGAUCGAAAUGAGGACGUUGGAAGCGGAGUUCAAAGCCAAAGGUCACUUGGCCAUCGGCUUGGUUUACAGCCUCAAAGCCACUGAUGCAUCGCUGCGAAGCACACAGGAGGACUACCAGAGGAAAGCUCUGUCGGCCUUUCGCAGAGCUCACAGGAUGUCUCCCACUGACCAUCUGGCGGCUUUUUAUUUGGCACUGCAGCUUGCUUUUACCAGACAGAUCCCCGAGGCAUUAGGGAAAGUUCGACGGGCGAUGCAGCUACAAGAAGAAGACGUCCACACCCUGCACCUGCUGGCCCUGCUUCUUUCUGCCCAGAAGCAAUACCAGGAUGCUCUCAAGACCAUAGAGACGGCUCUCUCCGGGUAUCCUGAGAACUUCACUCUGCUGUAUACGAAGGUGAAGCUGGAGGCUAUGUGUAGAGGACCGGAGGAAGCUCUGCUCACCUGUAAGCACAUGCUCCGGCUCUGGAAGAGGCUUUACGACCUCACCAACACCAGUGAUUCGGGGCUUGACAGCAGCCUGUUGGACAGGGCCAUACCAGAGAGGCAACAGCUCAACGCCAUGUCGCUGCCUGACAUCAGUGACCCUGACGCUGGCUCGGAGCGCGCGGCGUCCAUAGCGGCCAGCCGGGCGGAGCAGGCUCUGUCUGAGGACGCCUCUUCCCUGCAGAGCAGCGCCCCCAAACCCGGACCCCCGCACGCCUGGUUGACCCUGGCUCAGAUCUGGCUUCACGCAGCUGAGGUGUACAUCGGCAUGAAGAAACCUGAAGAGGCCACGUCGUGCACCCAGGAGGCCGCAAACCUGUCCCCCACCUCCCACAACAUGAUGCACAUGAGGGGCCAGAUAGCCGAGCUGAAAGGCAACUUAGAUGAGGCCAAGCAGUGGUACGAAGAAGCCCUGUCCAUCAACCCGACUCAUGUUAAAUCCAUGCAGAGACUGGGUGUGAUCCUGCACCAGCUGAAGCACUACAGUCUGUCUGAGAAAGUCCUAAGGGGAGCUUUGGAGGUCAACAGCUCUUCUCAUGAGGCGUGGAACAGUCUGGGCGAGGUGCUGCGGGCUCAGGGGAACGACGCCACCGAGUGUUUCCUCACUGCCUUGGAGCUGGAGGCCAGCAGCCCCAUCCUGCCGUUCACCAUCAUUCCCCGAGCGCUGUGAGACGCAGCGCAGUCACAAACAUGUGUGUGUGUGUGUGUUGGUGCUGGAGUAUUUGUUUCAGUCUGCCAGGAAAAUAGUUUUAUUGACCGGAUGUCUUAGCGUUGUGUAGCAGUUUUAUCACAACUGUUACUGACAAACAAAUGUUUUUUGCAGGAGUCUGUUACAAACAAUAAUAAAGAUCUUUGUUAAACAAAG